AUGACUUCAGUGUUUAUAUACCCUCAGCAGCGAGCUGCGUUUCUGUUUUUGCUUCCAGAUUAAGAAGGUGUAAAUGAGGAAAAUGGCCUUUUCUUGGAAAGCAGUAGGGCUCUUUCUCGUUGCGUUUUUAAUGGUGGCAAAUGCCAAUCUUGUUGGCGCACCAGUGCAUGCCAACUUGAAUGACCCAGACGUCAGAAAUGCCCUUCACUGGGCUGUCGCGGAGUACAACAAGCGGAGCAACGACGCCUAUCUCAGAGGGGUGUCACAAGUAGUCAAUGCCCAGACACAGGUUGUCAGUGGCAUGAAAUACAUUUUCACAGUAAUCCUGCGUAGUACCGGUUGCAAGACAGGCCGUGCUUGUGCUGCGGGUUCAAACCAGACGAAGCCCUACAUUUGCACUUUUGAGGUCUGGAGCCAGCCCUGGCUGCAUAGAACUGAGCUGGUGAAGAGUGACUGCAGGGUAUAUUAUCACUGAGCCCUUGUAACCCACUGUACCUUGUAGCUAGAGCUGGGUGGUACAGCACAAUAUUUUAUUACAUUGAUUUUUUUCAUAUCACUUUAAUGAUAAGAAUCACGUUAUAAUUGAACUAAUUAUUUCUUUACUUCAGGGCUCAAUUUUUAUAUAGUCGUCUUAGGAUUCCUUUUAAACAGAUUCAGAGCAAGAAAAAGUUAAAAGGACUGCAAAAUGAAAUGUAAGUUUAAAUAGAAAACAUACUGUUGGACCAACAACAAUGUAUUCUCUGGACAACCCUGUUACCCCUCCCCUCAUCUAAUCUCUACUCCUCCCACACCUCCAACCUCACAAAUUCCUAGAAUCACUGGAUGUAUCAACUGGAAUUUUGAAAGCCAAUAAAUGUGUUUUUACACAAA